CAGGCAAUAACAGAGUAAAGAAACAGGACGGCCUCUCGGCCAGUAUCAAAGAAUUGAGUCAAAUCAAAGAUAAUCCGCUCAAAUACAAUCACUUAAAAUUUACUGUGAUCAAUGCAGUUGAAGCAUCUUAGGACACUUCUUGCUCCUCAAGAUGGCCCAUCCAAAGUGACAGCUCUCGCUUGGGCUCCUAAUAACAGCAAACUAGCAGUGUGUACUGUGGAUAGGAUUGUACUCCUCUUUGAUGAGCAUGGGGAGAAGAGAGACAAGUUUUCAACAAAGCCUGCCAACCCUGACUUAGGUAAGAAGUGCUAUCAGGUUACUGGUCUAGUGUUCUCACCAGACUCCACUAAGAUUGUUGUUGGACAGUCUGACAAUAUCAUAUUUGUCUAUAAGAUAGGAGAGCAAUGGGGAGAUAAGAAAGUCAUUUGCAACAAAAUCAUAUUACAAAGUGCUGUUACUACCCUUAUAUGGCCUGUACAGCAGCCAACCUUUAUAUUUGGUUUAGCUGAUGGUAAAGUGAAGCUUGGUAAUGUAAAGGGAAGCAAGUCACAAACCAUUUAUUCAUCAGAAUCUUAUGUGGUAUCACUCACUUCAAGGUUUGACUGUCAUAUACUUAUUUAUAUGCAU